GCGAGGAGAUGAAACAUGAACCGCAUUUGUGCAACUCGGUUUUGAGCGAUGCACGUGCUGCUCUUCAGGAUCUUCACUAGCCGUGUAAGUGUAUACGCAGGAUGCAAGAAAAGAGGUUCAGGCAUCCAACUAUAGAAAACCUGGCUUAAGUACAGCCCAGCGGAAGAAAAGUGGCUUGAAACCUGAACUUACAGAAGAGCAAAAGCAGGAGAUCAGAGAAGCUUUUGAUUUGUUUGAUACUGAUGGAUCUGGAAGCAUCGACGUAAAAGAACUGAAGGUUGCAAUGCGUGCUUUAGGCUUUGAGCCAAAGAAGGAAGAAAUUAAGAAAAUGAUAGCAGAUAUUGACAAAGAAGGAAGUGGCACCAUUGACUUUGAAGAUUUUUUGGCGAUGAUGACACAAAAAAUGAGUGAAAAGGAUUCAAAAGAAGAAAUCUUGAAAGCUUUCAGAUUAUUUGAUGAUGAUGGGACCGGAAAAAUUUCAUUUAAAAACUUGAAAAGGGUUGCUAAGGAGCUGGGAGAAAAUUUAACAGAUGAAGAACUUCAGGAAAUGAUUGAUGAAGCUGAUCGAGAUGGAGAUGGAGAAGUGAGCGAGCAAGAAUUUUUGAGAAUAAUGAAGAAAACUAGCUUAUAUUAAUAUGUGUUGCCUUAAUAUACAUCUCCAAAAGAUAACCUGGAAAAGACUUAAAAUGGGGCUUGUGUCUCCUGCCUAUUUUCUGCCAUAUAAAGUCUAAAAGGACCGAUUUUGGUUCAUUCUUCUUUUUCAGCAAAGUUAAUUGUGGAAGGAGGGCUUCAGUGCCCAGAACUGUUAAAAUGAGAUACUGCAGAAGUGAAAAGGAAGGAUGAUUGAACCUGCAAGGCAGGGUCCCUUCCUCUCCCCCUUGGUAAUUUCAGUGAUUGCCAAUUUGGAUAAAGAAAGCUGUUUCAACUAUUUAACUGAAAGACAUUUCACUUGAGAUGUGAAGAUCCCCACUGCUGCUGGGAAAGGUCACUUUUGACUUUCCUAAGGCUACAGACUGGAGGUACAAGCACAGUAUUUUUAUUCCUUUUAAGGCUUUUGGGUUAUCUUUUGGUAUUUGUCUCCUUUUGUUUAUUUCCGUGACAGACUCUGAAACCAACUGCAAAGCUGUCUUUAUUUCUGUAUGAAAAACUGUUUUGCCACAGCGAGUUGUUUUUGGACCUAGAUAACUAGGUUUGGUUCCUCAUUUGGAGCUGUGUGCCAUCAGCAGAUGUUCUUCUGUUUAUCUGAUCAUCUGAAACCUGCUUUACUUGAAUGUAGCCUGCUUGGAUUAUCAAAGUUUAUUGUAUAACCAGUCACCAUCUUGUGCCAUUGUUCUUACUCCCAAGAGUUAUUACGGGGCUGCUGUUAUGCC